ACCGUCACACACCAUGGGAUUUAAGGUAAUUGCACUCGCCGCCCUUGUGGUUGUCGCCCUCGCUCGCCCUGAGAACAUACCGCCCUAUGGUUAUGGCGGAACAACGCCCUCUUCAGGACCUGCCAAGUACGACUUCAACUACGCCGUCAACGACCCACCAUCUGGCAACGACUUCGGUCAUCAGGAGGCCCGAGAUGGCCCCAACACUCAGGGUUCCUACUACGUCCUCCUUCCCGACGGUCGUCUUCAGAGGGUCACCUACACUGGGACUUUAAGAAGUCGGUAUUUAGACCAGUAUCAAUUAAUAACACUAGUGUCAACCUGGAUAGCCUGGGAACCCUUGAAAUGUGAGAUUUGCUGUCGCUAA